AGAUCAAGACCUUCCUCACCGGGACCCAGACCAAGAUCCAGACCGGCCCCAAACACACACACACACCUACGCUAACCUCCUCACAUUUCCCAGCCGUGUGAUCUCACCUGACCCCGCGUGACCCCAAUGGCGACCCUGAUAGAGCUUCCAGGCAGUGACAGCGGCGUGGCGAGCAGCGAGGUCACGCCGGAGAGCCAAGAUGAGGUCAGGGCAUCGUCUGCUGACAUCACGCUGCCACAGGUCCCCUCCGCUGACACCGCUGACAUCACUGACCUGGAGGAUGACGAGUGUUCACAGGACCUGGAUGAGAGCCUGCUGGAGAGAGUGUGGGGCCUCACCGAGAUGUUCCCAGACCGCUUGCGCUCCACCUGCUCCUCCACCGUCUCCACUUCCCUCAACCUGCUCAAAAGCACCUAUGAGCUGAGCCGGCAGGUGGUGUGGGUGGCUGUCAGUUCGUCUGUCAUUCUGUUCGCCCCAGUGAUGUUUGAGCUGGAGAGACUCAAUGUGGAGGAGAUGAUGAAGCAGGACCGGAACAGGCUUGUAUUUGGUCCUGGUUCAGCAGUGUCUGGUCCCCCCACUCCUGGUCUGAUGCCCCCUCCUCCCCCAGCCCGCUAAGAUCCCCCCCCCCAAGCCAACACAGCCCAAGUUUGACUACUACUACUACUACUACUACUACUACUACUACUACUACUAAAGGGAGGUUAUAAGGUGAUUUGAAAAGCUUAGGGUGUGGUUGAAACAGAGAUAAGAUGAAAUGAUGGAGAUGCAGAGGAAGAAUGAAAUAAUAAUGAUGAUGAUGAUGAUAAUGAAGGUUAUGUAAUGGUGAAUAGUGAAUACCUGUGUAUAUAUUUGUGUUUGUUUACCUGUGGCAUUAUUAAUGUUUAUUAUUAUUAUUAUUAUUAUUAUUAUUAUUAUUGUUAUUAUUAUUGUACAUUUUUUAUUCAUUUUUACAUAUCUAAACAUCAUUAAAAUUCUUCAUAUAUCAGUUGUUAUGUACUACUACUACUACUACUACUACUACUACUACUACUACAAUAUAAUUUUCUGCUUCAAUUUAGAGAGAUGACAAAACUGACAGACAGACAGACAGACAAAUAGUGCAUAUGCUUUGAAACCAUGUAUAAUUUGAUGAAUAAAACAUGUAUUACA